GAGACCUUCCAACGUGCGGUCACCCAAACAUUGUGCGUUCUACAUUUGGAUAACUAAACUUUUGAGAAUAGAAAAGACUUCAGAGGCGUCUGCAUGAGAUACCUUCAUCUUAUUGACCUUCAUUUGGUGAUUCGUGUUUGAUUAAAUCAUCUGACGGAGAACUAUGCUGUGUCUGCAGAACUCCGGGGACUGCUUCCGUGACCAGAUGCGCUACAUGAUGCGCUCGCUGCAGGACCUUAAGCAGAUCAGGGACCCAUGCGAUGCGGCCGGCAGCUGCCGUCCCUUGGCAGUGUCCCGCCUCAGUCAGAAGAGGGCGCUGCACCGGGAGCGGCUGAGCCGCCUGCGCAUCUCCGAUGCCAGCGAUGCCAGCACCUACGAUUCGGCCUGCUGCUUGGCCAGCCCACUGGAGGAAGAGGAGGAAGAGGGCGGUGGAGGAGGUGGAGGUGGAGGAAGGCUGACCCAGGGCUCCCCCAGCAGUGAGAAGAGCCUGGAGUUUGACUCGGGCUACUCCGAGGCGUCCUGGCAGGACGAGGGUGUGGUGCUGAGGCGGACGCGGAACGUGCGGGUCUCCGCGUCGGCCUGCGUGCGCACCAACCGCAUCCGGCCCAAGUCCACAUCUGACGCGUGCCUGGAACGCUGGACGUCCUUCGAGGCCAGCGAUCCGGAGGACUGGACCACGUCCCUGCUGACGCGCGGGCGCAACCGCCAGCCGCUGGUGCUCGGCGACAACAGCUUUGCCGACCUCAUCAAGAACUGGAUGGACCUUCCGGAGUGCCCCGAGACUCCAGAGGUCCGGCCGAAUGCUGGCCGCCGGCUUGCCAAAGACUUCCUGGGUAACGUGCGGCGGAGGCUGGCCGGGAUGUCCAAGGUGACAGAGGGGCGAGGCAAAGCUAUGGACACAUGCACCAAAAGACUGUCCUGCCCAGUGGGUGUGCAGGCACAGAAGCCUUUCUUUCACCAGUCGCAUACAGGACUACACCAACUUGGAACAGACUACUACCAGUUCAGUGCCCUCAUGAAGUCUGGCAGCCGACAGCCAAUCAUAUGCAAUGAUAUCAUUGGAUAUAUCUGAACUGAGAGAACUUAGACGGACUGUUAUAUUGCCAAAUAAUAAGACUUUCCCCUCACACGUGUUUACUUUGCAUUCAAUAUUAUUGAUGCCGUAAUGUUCAAAUUAAAUAUGUCACAAUAAAAGGUUUGUUUUCUAUG